AUGGCUUCAAUAGGAGCAUCUGCACUGCUGGCAACGGAUGUCCCCAUGAACCCCGGUGCCUCCUUGUCUACUUUCAUGGCAGCGUCCUUUCCUCCACCCAUUCCUGGCGCCCAGCACUGGCCCCCCUGGGAGCAGCACCUGCCACCUCUCAUCGCCCCCGCAUUCCCUCCCGGCAGCGGCCUGCUGCUGCCGGCGUUCCCCAGGACGCCUUUGGUGGCUACUGGUGGCCGUGGCCCCAGUGCCCCUGGGGCUUGCAACUUCACUGUCCGAGUCAGGUCACAAGGGAGGCCAGUGCAGGCCCCCCAGACUCCGACCUUUAUCGUUCCUCAGGGCCCCCUCAACUGGAGCGCUCCAGGGGCCCUCAGCGGGAGUGCUGCAUGUCCUGCACCCAUAUUCUUAGCCACCCCUGCGAUGGAGACCAUUGUGACUGCUCCAGCUGUUGGGGUUACUCAGGCUGGCAGGGGAGGCUGGACCCCAGGCUUUCCUCCUCAAGCUCCACCACCAGCUGCCCAGAUGGCCCCUAACAUUCGCCCGGUGAACUCUGGGCCAUGGCCACACGGCACUUCCAGGGAGGGCAGCCUGGACACCAAGCAGCCCUACGCCUCGCAGGAGGACUGCUCUGACCACCAGAGCGUGGGCAGUCACUUCCGACGGUGGCAGCGCCUCAAGCCACUGGCCCGGAGACACCUUCCCCAGAGUCCUGAUGCGGAAGCUCUUUCCUGCUUUCUCAUGUGA